CCGCUGCCGUCGGAGCGGAGCGGGGCGGAGAGGCGGCGCCGCCAGCGCCGUGCGCGGCCCCGGCACCUGCCCGAGAAUAUCUAAAGAAAAGAAGUUCAAAUGAUUUUAACCAACUCCAGCCUCAGAGAAGGGUGAAAGUCUUCAGCUGCAUUCAAUACUGCUCUGGAACACUCACAGCUUUCCCAAGAGGAUUAUAAGUUUUGAUAUUCAGAAGACUGAAGGAUGCCAUCUGAAAGGUGCCUGAGUGUUCAGGAAAUGCUGACAGGUCAGAGGCUUUGUCAGUCUAGCUCCCACAAUGAUGCUGUCUUGGCAGCUCUGAACCAACAAAGAAGUGAUGGCAUACUUUGUGAUAUUACCCUUAUCGCUGAAGAGCAGAAAUUCCAUGCACAUAAAGCAGUCCUGGCAGCCUGCAGUGACUAUUUCCGUGCAAUGUUCAGUCUCUGCAUGGUUGAGAGUGAAGCUGAUGAGGUGAAUUUACAUGGUGUCACAAGCCUUGGUUUAAAACAAGCCCUGGACUUUGCAUAUACUGGACAGAUCCUCUUGGAACCAGGGGUGAUACAGGAUGUCCUAGCAGCUGGGAGUCAUUUGCAGCUGCUGGAACUUCUCAGUUUAUGUUCUCACUAUCUCAUUGAGGAAUUAAAUAGUUUCAACUACUUGGACCUGUACAAGCUUGCGGAUCUUUUCAACCUCACUUUGUUGGAGAAUGCAGUCAUUGGCUUCUUAGUAAAACAUCUCUCUGAGCUAUUGAAGAGUCAUCCUGAAGAAGUUCUGGCACUUCCAUACUGUCUUCUUCGAGAGGUUUUUAAAAGCGAUAGACUCACUUCACUCAGUGAAGAACAAAUCUGGCAGCUGGCUGUGAGGUGGCUGGAACACAACUGCCGCUACCAGUACCUGGAUGAACUCCUCCAGUACGUCCGCUUUGGCCUUAUGGAUGUGGAUACACUGCAUACUGUAGCUCUUACUCAUCCUCUUGUCCAAGCCAGUGAAACUGCAACAGCGCUCAUUAAUGAGGCCUUGGCUUACCACCAGAGCAUCUAUGCACAGCCAGUCUGGCAAACUGCAAGGACAAAGCCUCGCUUCCAGUCCGACACUCUUUAUAUUAUUGGUGGGAAAAAACGAGAAGUCUGCAAAGUGAAGGAAUUGCGAUACUUCAAUCCAGUAGACCAGGAGAACGUUCACAUCGCGGGGAUCGCUAACUGGAGCGAGCUGGCGCCUAUGCCGGUGGGGAGGAGCCACCACUGCGUUGCAGUGAUGGGAGACUUUCUCUUUGUAGCUGGUGGAGAGGUGGAGCACUCCACAGGGCGCACGUGUGCCGUGAGAACUGUCUGUCGGUACGACCCCCGCACUAACUGCUGGGCGGAGAUAGCUCCGAUGAAGAACUGCCGGGAGCACUUUGUGCUGGGAGCCGUGGAUGAGUACCUCUAUGCCGUAGGGGGCAGGAACGAAUUGCGUCAAGUGUUGCCCACAGUUGAACGCUACUGCCCCAAGAAGAACAAGUGGACCUUUGUACAGUCCUUUGAUCGGUCACUCUCAUGCCAUGCGGGAUAUGUGGUGGAUGGUCUUCUUUGGAUAUCAGGAGGAGUAACAAAUACUGCACAAUAUCAAAAUAGACUCAUGGUCUAUGAUCCUAAGCAGAACAAAUGGUCGAGCCGUAGCCCGAUGCUGCAGAGGAGGGUGUAUCACUCCAUGGCCGCUGUCCAAAGGAAGCUGUACGUGUUGGGUGGGAACGACCUGGACUACAACAACGACCGCAUCCUGGUCCGUCACAUAGACUCCUACAGCAUAGACACUGACCAGUGGACCCGCUGCAGCUUCAACAUGCUGACAGGUCAAAAUGAGUCUGGAGUUGCUGUCCACAAUGGUAGAAUAUAUUUAGUUGGUGGCUAUUCGAUUUGGACAAAUGAGCCUUUGGCAUGUAUCCAGGUGCUGGAUGUUAGCAAGGAGGGGAAGGAAGAGGUAUUCUAUGGGCCUACACUCCCCUUUGCUUCCAAUGGAAUAGCAGCCUGCUUCCUUCCAGCUCCUUAUUUCACGUGCCCCAACCUUCAGACUCUGCAAGUGCCUCACCACAGGAUUGGCACAAUGUGACACAUUCCUUGUACUUCACAGCAUCAGAAGUGGAGGGGGAAAACAUCAAACCCUGGGUUUCUGUGGAUCAGUGAGAAGAAUCAAUCCGCUUGGGCUGCUGCUUUACCAUCACACAUCUGUCUUAAAGUCGUAUCACAGCAAGCAGGCAGGGAGUUACAAAGCCUGUGUGCGGUUUCUCUUCUCGACCUCAAACGUAGAAGCAGAUAUGUGAGAGCAUUGUGCAUUUCUGCUGGUGACUGACUGCUUGCUACUUGUCUUCUUCAUUUCCUUAUGCAACUUCGUCAGAUAUUGUGGAAGCUCUGAGCUUUCCCUGCUGCUCUUUGGAGUCUGCACAUUCCGUUGUUCACCAGUGGCGAUUUCAAAGACAAUUAAAAAGCUCUGUUUGUUUUGACAAAGAUGAUAUAAUACUGUGCUGAUUAUGCAACUUACUCAAUACCUUUGGCAAAAAGAAUAACAAAUGUGUUGACUUCCAAUUCCAAACUCCAUCGUUUACAGUUUCUCAUUUAAUAAUGCUUCAUCUGAAAUUUAAAUACUUCAAAACAGAUUAAAAGAAAAAUAAAAAACAAACAAGCCCUAUAGCAUAUGAGAAACAGAUAAAAAUUGUCUCAGCUGAAAGGCAAAGAAAAUGAAGCCUCAUGGUUAAAUUCAUGUCUGAACUGAAUGUGUUUGUCUUAGAAUCUAAAGAUUGUUUGGGAUGUCAUUUACCAAGGUCUACUACCAAAUAAAUGUUACCUUCUGUCAUAUGAUCAA